AUGCAAGCGGGCGACUUUGACUCCUCUGACGAAGAGGCCGCUGAGGAGGACCCGAGGCCGCUCCCCAUCUCCUGGUUGCCUUUGUCUCCUGUCUACUCUUCUGAGUUCCUGGGAUUAUGUUCCCUUCCAGGUUGCAGGUUUAAGGAUGUUAGAAGAAAUCUUCAGAAAGAUAUAGAAGAACUAAAGACCUAUGGGACCCAGGAUAUAUUUGUGCUUUGUACCAGAGGAGAGCUCUUAAAAUACCGAGUACCAAACCUUAUAGACACCUACCAACAGCACGGGAUCUGUGUGCACCACUAUCCUGUUCCUGACGGGGACGCUCCGGACAUUGCCAACUGCUGCAAAAUUCUGGAAGAGCUCCGAAGCUGCCUGGAAAGUAACCGGAAAACAAUCAUACACUGUUACGGUGGCCUUGGACGCUCAUGUCUCGUCGCUGCGUGUCUCCUGCUUCAGCUCUCGGAUGCACUGGCACCUCAGCAAGCGAUAGACAGCCUCAGGAACUUGAGAGGAUCUGGGGCCAUACAGACCAUCAAGCAAUACAAUUACCUCCACGACUUUCGAGACAACCUAGCUGCACAUCUGGCAACAAAGGAUACAAUAUUACGAUCGGUGUCGCGAUAA